CGCCCAAGCUUGGUCAAACAUUUGCUUUUGCUAAACAUUUCCAAAAUAAUAUGGUACUACAGAAAGCACCAGCCAGAGCCAAUAUUUAUGGGUUUUCAUCUGCAAUUGGUCAAAAAGUCAUUGCUCAGAUGAGAACACCUUCACGCCAAUACUAUUAUUCUACAACAGUCCAGCAAGGCCAGUCUCCAGAUAUCGGUGUAUGGAGUUUCAGCCUGGACCCAAUAGAUGCUAAUGUAACAGUGAGCAUCAGUGUUCAGUCAGAGUUAGGGGGGCUUACCAUAGGCAAUGUCAUUUUUGGUGAUGUUUGGCUUUGCUCUGGACAGUCUAAUAUGGAGUUCACGGUUAUUCAGAUGCUGCAAGCUAAACAAGAAAUAGCAGAAGCCAAAAAUUACCCAAAUGUUCGACUUGUGACAGUAGCAGAAGAACAAUCUCCCACACCUCUGUAUGACUUGAUUUCCAUCCAGGAAGAUUGGACUUCACCCAGCAGUGCAAGCGUAGGUGGUCCAGCGUGGGAGUAUUUCUCUGCUGUGUGCUGGUUGUUUGGAAAAAAUAUACAUAAGGAACUUGGCUACCCCAUUGGUUUAGUGGCCACAGACUGGGGUGGCACUCCUGUAGAGGCAUGGUCAUCCCCUGAAGCUCUUGCUGAGUGUGGAGUCACCAGCACAGACAACACUGCCAGAGCUAAGCUCACAGGACCUCAAACUAACACAGUUCUGUGGAAUGCCAUGGUAAAUCCACUGCUUGGUAUGACCAUUUAUGGAGCCAUAUGGUACCAAGGUGAAAAUGACGCAAGUGGUGCCAUGAUGAAUCGCUAUAACUGCACUUUUCCAACAAUGAUUAAAGACUGGAGAAAAAACUUUAACAAAUUUUCAAAUGGACAAACAAGUGCCUCAUUCCCCUUUGGUUUUGUGCAGUUGGCACCAAAUAGAAAUGAUCAGUCAAUAUCUGUUGGGUUUUCUGAUAUAAGAUUCCACCAGACGGCUGACUGGGGUUAUGUACCAAACCGUGACAUGCCCAAUGUAUUUAUGGCUGUAGCUAUGGAUUUGCCAGACUUCAGCUCAUCAUAUGGCUCCAUUCACCCUAGAGAUAAAACAGAUGUUGGGUUCAGAUUAACUUUAUCCGGACUGGCUGUUGCUUAUGGAAAACAAGAAGUGUUCCAGGGGCCAUUUCCUGUGAAAGGUGAUGUCGUGUCUGAUAAUUUAAUUCUGGAUUAUGGAGACUCUGCAAACUUACAAAUCAAAGACACAGAAGGUUUUGAGAUCCUCUGUGUUAAGGGUGUAGCAGAAGAAUGGAUCCCAACAAGUAUUAUAGCCCAUAACACAACAGCUGUCACUCUCUUCUCAAAUGUUUGUAACCCAGGGCAGCAGCUCCGAGGUUUGCGUUAUGCAUGGAGAGAAUCCCCAUGCGCCUUCAAGAAGUGUGCAGUUUAUGAAACUAUAAAUGAUCUUCCAGCACCACCAUUUGUGGCCAUUAAUUCUGAUGCUGCUGUUGAUAAAUUACAGUUCAGAUUUGAUGGACCUAUGCACUAUUGA